AUGAAGAAUGGUCUGAAAAGUUUGUCUCGAUUUGCGAGAGAUCCGGACGCAAGUGAGGAGAUCAAAUAUCGGGUUGAGUGGCGUAUUUCAAGUACAGUGUUUAAUAAUGACCCGAGAUUUAUCUACACUAAGCCUGUAUGGGAUGGGAGCAGAUCAACGAAGGUGAUCAACGGAAGGUCCAUCGUGCUUGCCGCCCGUCCGGAUAGUGUGAAAGUUUUCAACGCACACUUUAGAGAUAUGGCAUUUAUAGACUUUUCACAAUCGAAUACCUUCAAGGGAUCCUACCUAUACUGUUCAUUGCCUUACACCGAUCUGAUCGAGCGAGUCAAAGGUCUUGGUGAAGGCUACACCCUCAACCCAUGGGGGUAUACCGUAGAAACAAGGUCUCUAAGAGAUGAUACGCUAUCUCACAGUGGCGCAUCGUCAUGGGGGUAUACCGUUGAAGCAAGGUCUCUAAGAAACGAUACGCUAUCUUACAGUGGCGAAUCGUUGAUUAAUGCCGAUUACAUAGAUCCCAGGUGGAUUGUACCUCGUGACUCCAUCCCAGAGACUCUCAAAGAGAAUGGUGGACACUAG